UUUCUUGUUUGAUAGGCGAACCUUUUAAUGACCAAAAUACCCUUUUAUUGAAUUUGUGCAAAACAAACCAAAUAGUUCCAAAUGGUUGCGUCUUCCUAGAGUUGUAACACCCUUUGAAGAUUCUUGAAAAAAUAAAUUCUUCUCACAGUCACCACUUUUCUUGUAAACCCCCCCACAAACCCAUUUGGAAGAAAACAAAAAUUGAAAGUUUUUUUUUGUUUUCUGAAGAAAAAAUGUAUGAAUUUGGGGAUGAAGUGAUAAUUGAUAGCUUUAAAAUUCCGUGGUUGAUUUGGAUUCAGUUAGUGGUGAUGAUUCUUCUUGUGUUGCUUCUUUUCUUUGGGUUUAGUUUUUUGGAUCUUUCAAAUAACUCUACUUCUGGAACUUCUUCGCAAGGUUCUUCUUUGCCCUCUAAUGCAAUUACAAUCCUUCAGCAUCGGAACCUAAACCAACAUGCCAAAGGAGAAAAUGAAGCUAGCACUAGCCGUGAAAUCAGGGCAGAUGAAUCUCAAGAAAGAGAAGGAUCUGCAGAAAAGGACACAGCCAUUUUUAAGUGUUGUGUACGUACAGAGCACCCUUGCAAUUACUUUGGACUAGCCAAACAAGCAUUUCUCAAGUGCUUGGGCUUUGAUUCCGAUCGCGACAAUUGUAACACCAGAAGACAUGCUAAAGAAGACUAAUGUAUGCUCUUCCUCACAAUUUCUCUCCCUCUCCCCCUACCCCACUACAACACCUCAUCUUUUCAUAGUAAAGAUAAAAAACUAAGAAUUCUCGGGGGUGGUUCAUAGAAUAGUCGAGGUGUGCAUGCUUGCCCAGACACCACCGCUCUAAGAAAAAAAGACAUGCUUUUCCAAGUGCUUCAUAUUACUUGUUUUCCAGCUU